AUGGCCACCCUUACAGCUCAGGAGCUGACAACCCUCUCCACCAAGGCGAUUGACGCCAAAGCCACUGCGUACUGCCCAUACUCCAAAUUCCGUGUCGGAGCAUGCAUUCUCACGACCUCGGGCGAGUUCAUCUCUGGCGCUAAUGUCGAAAAUGCUUCCUAUCCAGUUGGGACAUGCGCGGAGCGUGUGACUAUUGGUGCGGCGGUUGUUGCUGGCCACAAGAAUUUCAAGGCUCUGGCUGUCGCGACGGAUAUCAAGCCUGCUGCCUCGCCCUGUGGGAUGUGUAGACAAUUUAUCCGCGAGUUCACCUCGCCUUCUUUCCCGGUGUACAUGUACGACGGAGAAGGAAACUACAAAGUCAUGACCAUGGAGGAGUUGCUGCCCGACUCUUUCGGCCCUGAACACCUUAAAUAG